AUGCAACAGGCAACAAAGGAAGAAGGGGACAACAGAAAAGUAGCAAAAAGGAAUAGGGCGAAAAGACUGUAUCAAAUAUAAUAGGUCAGAUGAUUUUAGUCUUUAGUCUAAAAAAGAUGUUAGCUGGAUUUCGAAGCAAGCAUUGCCAUCAGAGGUUAAAUGUGUAAUACGAAUUGCGUUAACUUGCACGUACACAAGCCCUCAAAGGCGCAUGUUUUGAUGUGCUAAUUUACGUUAGCGUGCUUGCUGGUAGCCAAAUAAUGGUGAGCUAUGCCGAGUUAGCCUGCUAAGGUGAUAUCUGGAGGUUAGCAUGCUAGCUAGUUGACGUCAACGAUUUCUGAUGAAUGGCGAAGUUUAAAAAGUCAACAAGUAAUAGAGAAGGAAAUUCUAUUGCCGGAGCAUGAUGCACAUGGAAAUACAACAACUAAAAAGACAGAUUCUUUGGAAAAUAUGGUGAGGACAACUGUAUCGUCGGCAACUGUCAGCCACUAUUUUUAGUGUCUGGCUAGCAUAAAGGCGAGGCAGACCUCUUCCAUGUUGUCACCACAGAGAAACAUCCAAAAUGAAGAAGAUGAUCAGCCUCAAGACCAUCCGAAAGUCCCUCAACAUGACCAAGGGCAAGGAGGAGGGAGAUUUUGUGAUGCUCCAGCAGCCAGUGCUGACCGCUGACUUCCCAAAAGAAGACUCCUUCUUUGCGGGCUGUUACGCUACAGACAUUACCUCCUGCGAUCUUGGCUGCACCGAAGAGGAGAAGGGAUCGAAAAGCCGCUCCAAGGGUGAAGGUUUAAUGGGCACCCUGAAGAGAAGGCUGUCGGCCAAGCAGAAAGCAAAAAGCAAGAGCGGCAGCACCCCUUGUGUGGGCUCGGGAGAAGACGAUGACACCUUCUCCUCCUCGUCUGUUCCCGUGAGCUUUAAUGAAGUCAAAACGCAGCGGCCGCUGAGGUCGGCAUCGUUGCGCAGUCACCACUACAGUCCUUCACCUUGGCCCCUGCGGCUGGUCAACUCGGAGGUGAAGGUUAAAGCCAUGGUCCACUCGCCCAGCCCCAGCCCGUCGCUCAAUGGAAUGAAGAAAGAGUUUCACGACAUCGACAUGGAAGGACUUUUCGCUGACCACGGAGGGUCGUUGAAAAACCUGGCCCCUCAGAACGGAGCCUUUCAUUUGAACAUUGACGAAAAUGUGCCUGUUGUCAUAGGGCUGACGCCUCAGGACUAUAUCCAGUACACCAUGCCUUUAGAUGAGGGAAUGUACCCCGAAGGGUCGCACUCUUGCUGCUUGGACAGUUCUUCACCCAUGGAGGUGGUUGAACAAAUGGAGGGUGGCAGCGCUGUUCAUGUAGAACCUGGAAGUGAAGAUCAGGAUUUGGACUUGCCGCCCGAGCUCUUCCUGGAGCAGUCGCUGAAUGGACUGCUUGCCGGCUCCUCAGGGAUGCUGUUUCAGAACUCCAGUGUCCACAUUCCCUCACUUUCCCCCUCACUCUCCCCCCUCACCGGCAGCGAGAUCCCAAGGACAUUUUUGGGAUUCAGCGGUGCGGAUGCGCAUGUAGCGGAAAGGGUCAGGCAUCACCUGAACUUCGAUCCCAAUUCAGCUCCCGGUGUCAGCAGGGUCUACGAUUCGGUCCAGAGCAGUGGACAUAUGGUGGUAACGAGCCUUACGGAGGAGUUAAAGAAGCUGGCCAAACAGGGUUGGUACUGGGGUCCGAUAACGCGGUGGGAGGCUGAAGAGAAGCUCACCAAUCUGCCGGACGGUUCGUUUCUAGUCCGCGACAGUUCUGACGACAGAUACUUGCUCAGCUUGAGUUUCCGUUCACAAGGCAAGACCUUGCACACAAGGAUUGAGCAUUCGAAUGGCAGGUUUAGUUUUUAUGAGCAGCCAGACCUAGAGGGCCACACAUCUAUAGUCGACCUUAUCGAACACUCAAUAAAAGACUCAGAGAAUGGUGCGUUUUGUUACUCCAGAUCUCGUGUGCCAGGGUCAGCUACCUACCCCGUUAGACUGACUAAUCCCGUCUCCCGUUUCAUGCAGGUACGCUCGCUGCAGUACCUCUGCCGGUUUGUCAUCAGACAGUACACUCGCAUAGAUCUAAUCCAGAAACUGCCUUUACCAAACAAGAUGAAAGAUUACUUGCAGGAAAAGCACUACUGAGAUGCAAUGCGUGGGACACAGUAGCUAGCAAAUUGCACUUUUCAGGUUCAGAAUUGAAAUGGAACAAGGUUUACAGACAUCUGUAGGUUUUAAAUGAUUGUUUUAGUUGAGUUUUAUUUGUUUAGAAACAGUUUUUUGGCUUUUGGCAUCUGAUCUUUAAAUUUAACCAUGAUGAAUAUCGUAUGGCUCUGAUUCAGUGUUAUGAUGUCGAUUUAACUUGCAGAGUUGAUUCCUCAUGUAGAAUCUGGCACAUAGCAUGCUUAGCCUAGCAAACCUUGUCUGUUGUCACGGUGACAUAAUAACUAUUAUGUACUCAUGUUAAAACAUUGUUUUUGCCAUAGUAUGAUUUAAUGCUGUAGAUGUUUUGAUUACAUUUUUAUUUUGUCAUAAUCUAUCACAUUCUCUACAAAUCCUAUGAAGAUAUUAUUUUUUAGUACCAGUUUCUAUUGAUGUCAGCCAGCAGAUUGGCCCAUUUUGAUAUGAACAGGAUACUGCAAACAGUUACUUACA